CAGAUUGAAAGAAGUGAGAGAAUCCAGUCAAAGCAAAGCAUAGCAUGAUUAAUAAGUGAAGGCAAUCAGUCUGUGGGAAGGAACUACUAUUGCAUAUAGUAAUUCCUGCAGGUAAGAAGAGCCCACCUGCUGAGGACAAAGUUGUGUUAACACACAUGAAGAUAUUGAGCAAUGAAGGAAUUCAAAACCCAGGGUUAAUCCCAGAGGCUCCAGCUGACACAGCCUGCACAGAAGAGUCCCAUCUUCCCGGCGCCAGCCUCCUACCAGACUGCUUGGAAAAUCCAAAUGCAGCAGCCGCACCGGUAGAUCCAAACUGUGCAGAUGGCCCGGCAAGCACUGACUACGUACCCACCCUGCCUGACCUCAGCGCCUUCGAGUCCAAGUGCCGGCUUCAUAGAUUCUCCAAAUUUGAAUCUGAGGACUCAGGGGUUGAAUUGCCAAGUGGGGCUAAUUCUCCAUCAACGCCGACUGGCUCAGAGAAGAGCUUUGUGCUUCACAGCAGAGACUCAUUUUGUGACUCAGGUGUGCUUAGCACCUCUUCUUCUCCAGAAAUUGACCAUCAGCUAAUGAGAACAUGUAAAGAACAUGCCGGAAAAGUCAGCCUCCAAGAUCCAGAGAGCAAAAACCAAGAUGAUUACUACAGCCAGGAGGCAGAUGCUGUGCAGGGUCCUGCAGCUUCCCUUGAAGACUUCAGUGUCCCUCAGGAAGAAAAUCCUGAUGAACAUUUUGACCAGAGUGACAAGCAGUUUCCAGAAAAGGAACCUACCCCAGAGAGGGACCUUUCCAGGGAAAGCACUCUUUCCACCCCAGGUCCCAUAGAAGAGCCAAAGACAAUUGCUGACAGUUUCCCAGAGAAUUUUGGCAGCAUGCAAGACCUUCAGAUCCACGAACAUCCGCUGAAGAAGUACCCCACAAGUGACAGUCUGAAUGAAUACAUGGAUGAAUGCUGUAGACUGAGUGAGGUGAACCAAGGUAACAGCAAAGCCCUGGGAUCUGGUCUGGGAUACCUAGAACACAUUUGCCAACUGAUUGAAAAGAUUGGGCAGCUGCAGGAGCACAACCUGCGUCUCCAAAAACAAGUGUGCAGCUUGCAGAAAGAGCAGAAGAUGUGCCAGUUAAAAGAGGAGUACCUUCUGCAGCACUGCUCCUGUGGAGCUGCCAGCAUCUUCCUCAGCUCACAUCAAGACAUUAAAACAAUGUUUGCUGGGAGGACCAGACCUCACAGCCUCUUGGUUCAGACUGGAAACCCAUCUGAUCUUUCCAUCAUCCCAGAAAUAGGAGCGAACACUGAAAAGCUGAGCAGCUGCAAUGGAAGCGAGAGAGACUCAGAAUCAGGAAAGAGCCAGCUGAUGGUGGGGCUCAGGAAGUCAUCAAACAACAGGAACAACAAGGAGAAUGAGUUCAGAGAAGCUGGCAGUAUGGCUGAGGGACAGGCUUUUCUGUCAAAGGACCCUUCAGUAAGAAAGGGUCUGGAUGUCAGCAAGAACAUCUCGGGCGAGAGCCAUGCUUGGGGGAGAAUGAGAGAUCUUAUGAGAAAGACACGGUUGAGAAAUCAGAACAAGCUGGGACUGACCUCUGCUGCUCUGAAGAGGUCCUGCCCACAGUUGUACAGGCCAGAUAUUAUGUCUUCAGAGCUGAAGAAAACUGAGAGGAACUCCAUGAUCAUUCUGGGACAAAAUACAAAGAAUGAAAACAUGUGGCCUUUCUGAUAACCUGAGUCAAAUGGAACAAGAAAGGCAACACAAGAACACAAAGGACACAAAACCAAGAACUCCAGGGUUACUUUGUGCAAUCUGCAUUCUACAGUUGUCAACAGAGCAACUCUGAUUUGAGCAUCGAAAGGGAAAGAGGGAAGGGGGAGGUUGAGAAGGGUCUGUGGGCAGAGGCAUCCUCAGCUAUGUAUGGCUUCACUCCUGAACUUGAAGUGUAUUUACAAAAGUCAUGGAUGAAAAUUGCUAUUAGCAUCACAGCAACAUAACCAACAGAGACUUUUAAGACACAGAAAUUCUUCCUCCAGUCUGGGUUGGGUACAUAACUACCUGAAACACUGAAGCUUUUAAACUGUCAUUGCUUUCUGGGGACCUUCUCCAGCUGAAAUAAAUGUAAGCUUUAUGGGACACAGCAUCAUCUAAAGGAGUGCCAGGGACUCCUUGCCCAGUGCAGAAGUGGCUGUUGAAAGGAGAGCCUCCUCUUUCUGGGGGUCUGAGUUGCAGUCUCUGCUUGUCCCCAGCACAGCUCCUCCCUUCAGAGCUGUGCCAUUUUGCUGGAAUCCAACAGGAAAACCAAGUGUGUAAAGCUGAAGUCAUUCCUUAAUCCAGGACUGGCUUCCCAUCCUGUGAGCCUACUCCUUCUGCAGGGGCCCCCAGACUCCAGUACUACCCUACACAGAAGCUGGCAUUGUGCAUGCUCAUUGUAGAGACCAGAGUGAGAGGUAAUGCAGGAAUCAGCCUUUCCAGAGACUUCAGGGCACAGCCAGGGCAAUGCCUCUGCUUCACUGGGCAGCCCAACUCUUGUGCUAUCAGUCUUUUAAUUUUUCUUUCUUUUUUUUUUUUUUUUUUUUUGGCAGCAGGGGGAGGGGCAAGGUAGGACACCAGGCUUGAAUUCCUACUUUUAAGUUACAUUUAAGUCCUCUGUCUGUGCAGGUGAGAGCCUGAGGCUGUAGGUGGAGCAGUCAUGCUGCUUUGUGGCUCAGCCAGCAGUCUCUGAUGGGAAAAGGUGAGAAGGAGAGCAGAGCUGCAAGGCAGUUAUUGAAAUACAUCCUUUAUAAACUGCUGCUCUUUUGGGAUACGUUAAGAACUGUAUAACAGUACGAGUGUAUUUGGUGGCUGCCUUAUUACCACGUGCUUGCUGAUUCCAGACUCAAGGAACAGACAGUGCAUGCUUCUGAAAGUCCUGUGGUUGCAGUGGUCUGCGCCCUAGCUCUCAUUGGUACUAGCAAAAUAAUUAAUGCACAUGGAGUAAAGAUUUAAUUAAACUAAACUUGCCACUUGAUAAAGCAUCAUUCUACCCCAUAAGUUAAAAUAUAAUUAGAAGUUAAGCAACUGGUGUUUAAAAAUCUCUCCCCAGCCCAAACUUGCCUGAGAACCAAGAUUUGAGAAGCUUCAGCAGGCAAAGUCUCUUGGUAACAGAUGCUUCACCGUUGCUCAUCCAGAUCAGUUGGAGCCCUUGGAGUCCUCCAAACCAGAGCAGGAUCUUUUCUGGAAUUCAGAGCAGCUCAGCCAUGCUCUCCAAGGGCAGCUGCGGUUUGCAGGGAUGAGUGAAGGCAGUAGCCCAUGCCUAGUGCUCCAAGUACUCAGAAGGGUUGCUACUGUUGUUACUUAGCACCUCAAAAAAACCCCCCACAAAAACCCCAAACAAAAUAACCAAAGCCCAAUUAAAAAGAAAAAGGUCUGUGCUGACUCAAAGUUAGCACCCUAAAGUAGGUGCUGUGUUUAAUGUUUCAGUUGUAGCUGCUGCUGCUGCAGGACUUGGUUAUUCACUGUGCAUCUUGCUAGCUUCAUCCAAAGCUAGAAAGAUUUAUUACUUGAUUAUUCUGUGAAUAAUCUGUAUGUCUCCAUAAAUACAGGGAACAAAAAUCCUGCAUUAACAUACACCCUCCAUUAUCUCUCCAGCUUUACAGAGACUGUAACGAAUGUGAAUCAGUGCAAACUGACUUUAAUGUGUUUUAAGACGUAGCAUUAUGAACUGGUAUUUCCUACCACCAUCUCCAUUCACGUUAUAAGUUUGUUGGUUUGGAUUUUUUUUUAACUCAGAUGAGCUAGCACUCUUUUUUUAUUACAGCAUUAUAUUAAAUAUAUUCAUGUAUUUUCAGAAAUAAAUGUAUUUAUAAUGUGUAACAUACUGUAUAGUUCUCUACUCCAGGAUGCAUUGUAAUACAAGCAUAAGAAAUUUAAUAAAAGCAUCACCAUUAUGAUAA